CUGUAUUCUGUAAUAUUCAUGCAAUUAAAACAUAAAACAUCCUCCGUCCGAGAGAGGGAUUCAUGGCUGCCAAUUCAGAGUUCAGUCCGUCCAUUGAUGAAGGAAGGUGGGUGAGCUUCGGUAGCAGAGCCUUACAGUCAGAACUCAUCUUAGAAAUCGAUGGCUUCUCUCCAACAAUCUUUCAAGUCCCAAAAUCCUUGAGCGAAACCAAGCCCGAAGCCUACACCCCUCGGCUUCUCGGCAUGGGACCGUACCAUCAUCUCCGGCCCGACCUCCACGCCGCAAACCUCCAAAAGCUCGUCGCCCUCAACAAAUUUCUCGGGGAAGAAUCAUGCAAGAACUUCUCCAAACACAUCCUCAAAAAGAUGAGGGGUUUGGAGCUGCUGGUUCGGGCCAGCUACGACCAGUACUUGGAUCUGGACUGCUCCACCCUAGAAUACAUCCUCGCCGUUGAUUCUUUCUAUCUGAUCAUUUUUUUGGGUAUGUAUGGGAUGGAAACUGACACCCUCCAACCCGGUUGCCAAGAGCUUGCCAAGGAUAUCUUGAAGUUGGAGAAUCAAAUCCCGGCAUGUGUGGUAGAAGAGAUGGGGAAUCAGCUAGGUAUCUCACAAAUAACGCUGCAUUCAGAACUCUUUUACUACUUCUGCAAAGCUCACUCUCCGCUCAAACUUGAUAGGGGUUUCGUGGACUGCUGCUAUGAGGGCAGUCACCUGCUGGCACAUAUGUAUAAUCGGGUAAUGAACAACCGGGGUGAAUCAGGGGCACGGUUUAUUUCAGGAGCCACAAUCACAGAGGCCGGAACAAAGGCAUUAAAUGCUUUAAGUGAAGUGCUUGGAUCAGGAGCAUCCAAAUGGAUUCAUCCAAUGCUAUUAGCUAUGGAGGCAUUACAAGUUUUGGAGAUCAGCAGCAAGCUAGCUGAUGAGGUUGCUAAGAUCAAACUAUCAAAACCACCAAAGAAGAGUCAUCAAAUUCCUUCAGCAUUGGCUCUGUCCAAGAAACACAGUGUGGGUUUCAGGCUGCUGGAAUGUGAAGGGAUUAGGGAUAUCAGGUUUGACCUCCAGGACGGCAUCAGAACGGUUUCUCUGCCUCAGAUCACUUUAAAAUGUGAUUCAGAAGUGGUUUUGAGAAACUUGGUGGCAUAUGAAUCUGCCAUUGCAACCCCAGGGUCAGCCUUUGAGCUUGCUGGAUAUAUUCACCUGAUGAGCAACUUACUGCAGACACCAGAUGACGUGGCGAUGCUACGGGUGAAGGAGAUCAUCACGGGAGACCUAACAGACGGAGAAGUUGUCGAAAUCUUCAACGAGAUCGGAAAAUCUGCGGGGAACUCGAAGCCGAAGGUGGAGUGUGCAAGCAGGGAGGUGGUGAAACAAGUGAAGCAGAUGGUGGAGGAAAGGGAGAAGAGGAAUGUGUGGAAAAGGGUAUGGAAGUGUGUUGAGAAGAAGGUCAACAAUGGUGUGGAGUUGAUGUCUUGAUGAGGAAGCCUGUGAGAAUUGGUAUGAAGUGUGUGCUGUAUCUGAUAAUGAUUAUGUUACUUGUGCUGGAGAUGAUGCAAGCAUAUCGCCAGAUUUAUGAACCCAACAAAGGCAGGGGUUCUUAAGCCAAGUCCGGCUAUGAGUUCCACUAUGCAUGUCACGAGAGCGUUAGAUGCUUAAGUCAAGGCCGGGAGUUCCACUAUAUAUAUCACCAGAGCAUUAGAUACUUAGAAAUAUAUAGCUAUUCACUUCUUAAAUAAGGCUAAAAUUUGAAUUCUACACUGCUCACUUGUUCUACUUUGACUGUGUUUUAUUUAUUAGAUAUUACUCCAAAUAUGACUAAAACUAUGGCUCACAAAAAUGUCUGUACUUCUUUGUUAUGAAAUAACAGUCAAUCCAUGCAAUUUUGGUCCCG